UGCAGAGAAAGCUCACUAUGGGGAGAGAGGCCACCUUACUAAGAAAAAGAGACAGCUCUCUGUCAAGAAAGGGAGAGUGGAAAAGAAAUUUGGUUCUCGUGAGAGUGUUGAGAUUCAUGACAGCUACACUCAUGAGGAAAGUAACACAGGCAAGAAUGGGUGCUCAGUGGAGGAAGGUCAUCACUUCAUGGAGAAAGACUUUCCUGUAGGGACACCCUCUUCAGGAUCCAUGCCUGCGGUGCCAGUGCCCAAGAGCACACAGGAUGCUCCAGAAAGCAGCACUGGCAGUGCUACCAGCCAAGUACCCCAGGCCACUCACCAGAAUGUGGCUGGGGCUGUCACCACUGGACAGCGUAUCCAGGCAGUGAAUAUGAGAAUGGGAGUUGAAUUGGAGUUGCCUCGAGAACUAAAAGCAUGCAUUGUUGAGGACUUGGACUUGGUAAACACGCACAAGCAGUUAUUCCAACUCCCUGCUGAAAAGAAUGUAGAUCACAUUCUCGAAAACUAUGUCAACUUCGUGAAAUCACAGGGAAAGUCUGAUAAUGGGGAAUAUUCUGUUGAUGAACUUGUGUAUGGAAUAAGAGAGUAUUUCAACAGGAUGCUGGGCACCAAGCUCCUCUGCCAGUUUGAAAAACCCCAGUAUGCUGAAAUCCUCCUGGCUUACCCAGAUCUUCCAAUGUCUCAGAUUUAUGGGGCGUCACACCUCCUGCGAUUAUUUGUGAAUAUUGGCAGUGCAUUGACCCAUUUUUCCCUUAAUAGGUGCAGUCUAAUGUUAGUGUCCAGUUAUAUGCAAGAUUUCUUUAAUUACCUAUCAGAGAAUUCCUCUUCUCUGUUUACAGCCAGCAAUUACAAAAUGGCUUCUGUCGCAUAUUGUUUUCAAGCCCUUUGAGGAUCUUUUGACCACUCUAUUAUGACCUAGACAAGUAAACAUUUCUGUGUUUGUUGUUUUCAUUUUGUAUUUGAUGUUCUUGAAAAGUAUCAAGGUACAACAUGGCUUAGUAUUUCAGCUUAGUAUUUUUGUGAAUAGAAAUAUAGAUAUUU